GCUACCGACGGCGGCAACCCUAGCUCUCUGUUCUUCCUCCCUUGAACACCAAUUUCCCCCAAUUCUUGUAAUCGAUCUGUAUAGCUACUACUUCGGAGAGUGUAAUAGAUCGAUUCUACUGCUGCCACCACCACUACUCUUACAUCUGGUAUCAGAGACAUCGAUCCCCGGUUCGUUUCCACUGGCACAAAUCAUCGAAACUCGCCGGUUUCGUCAAGGCCGUCAACAGCUCGAAGCCAUGGAUCCUGCCAUCAAGACCUACCUCGACUCCCUCAAGAACUCCCUUGACGCCAACACGGCGGCGAUGCAGGCCCAAUCCAUGAAGAUCGAUGAUCUGAUGGCUUCGCGUCCCGAAUUGGAGCGACGCGUCAACGAUCUUGCCGUUGCAGUCUCCGAUCUACAGCGGGCACGCGGCCCGGGCGCGUCAUCCGACGCGGAGGCGGUGGCCAAGACUGCUCCCCCGCCCCCAACCGCGACGGGCAGCGAUCUCCCAGGCGCUGACUCUGGCGCGGCGGCGCCACUCCUUGGGUCAACGGACCGCGGCGACUUCAAUCUCACACGGGGCUGCCGGCGGCGUCCUUUCGGACCCCGCCACCACUCCCGGCAAACGGUCAGCUCGACUCCCAGUUUCCCCUACCUGCUCUCUCUCCUUUCGCUCAUGCGAGUCAGUUGCUCAUGGUAUUGGGGCAGGCACACCCUUCGAUUGUGUUUCCCCAAUUCACCGGUGAGAAUCCACGGCUGUGGAAGACACUGUGUGAACAAUAUUUCCAGAUGUUCGCCAUACACAAUUCGUUCUGGGUGCCCAUGGCGUGCCUGAAUUUUUCAGGCACUGCUUCGGUUUGGUUACAAUCUGUUCAAAAGAAGUUAGCUCAGCUAGAUUGGGAAUCAUUUUCUGCCUUACUGUGCACUCGGUUCGGACGUGAUCGACACCAAUUGUUGAUUCGUCAGUUUUACACUGUUCGCCAGUCAACUACAGUAGCAGCUUAUAUAGAACAAUUUGAGUUGAUUAUAAAUCAUUUGAGCUCCUAUUCAGAUUCAAUUCACCCCUACUAUUACCUUACUCGUUUUGUGGAAGGUUUGCGGCCGGACAUCCGCGCGGUGGUCCUUGUGCAACGGCCGCCGGAUUUGGAUACAGCUUGCUCCCUGGCGUUACUUCAAGAGGAAGUCAUCGAUGGUGCCUUCGGUGCAGCUCCUCCUCCACCUGCGCCACGACCUCCCGAUGCACCACCACGAGCAGGCACGCCGCUACCUCUUCCUCCACCACCACCACGGGUAGCCCCGGCAUCAGUGGCCACUGAUCGCCGUGGCACGGAUGCGGCUCGCGUCGACGUUGCCAAAAUCAAGACUCUACGUGACUACAGGCGCGCAUGGGGCCUCUGCUUCAAGUGCGGCGAGCGCUGGGGCCAUGACCACGUUUGUCCCACAUCUGUACAACUUCACGUGGUAGAAGAGCUACUGGAGCUCUUCGGUGUCGACACCAUUUACACCAACGAUGAUCAAAGUCCAUGGGCAACAGAGGAAGAAACCAUGAUGGCUAUCUCUCGCUCUACGCUGUCCGGGGGAGUUUCAGCAAAGGCCUUUCAGCUACGUGCAUGGAUUCAAGGGAAGGAGGUUUUAAUGUUGGUGGACUCUGGUAGUUCAACCUCGUUUAUCAACCACUCUCUGGCUCAGCGAUUGGAGGGUGUGCAACCUCUGCCACGGGUGUACAAGGUACGCGUUGCGGACGGCGGAGAGCUCUCUUGUUCUUCAUCAGUGCCAGGGUGUCGGUGGCAUUCAUAG